UUGCCCAAUAUUUGUAUAAUAAUAAUAAUAAUAAUAAUAAUAAUAAUAAUAAACUUGGUAUUGUUCUUUUUUCCCUCUUUCUUUCUGCUUCAUGCUGCCAAAAGAAAUAUCAUAUAGUAGUAUUUACUUUUUCAUGUUCAUGAAGCUCGCUGCUGCCGGAUAGGGGCAUCCAAUAUUUAUGUUUUCUGUCUGGCGCUGCAAAUAGCUGUCGCCUCAGUCACCACACAUACUCAGGAAAGGGUUUAUACAAAUGCGAGCUCAACUCAAAUUCAGAGCAGAAAGAAGGGUAUUCCAGUUUGUGCUAUACAUCUGACACUAGAAAGUAAAUUUCCUCUAAAGCAGCUGUGCAUCCUGGACGCACGAGUUUCGUGUUGGUAACAGCCUGCGCAGAUUGUUCUUUUAACUUCACUGAUGGUGACAUUAUUUCACGUCUUAAGCCACUCGAAUUGCUCUAAACGUUUCACAGGAGAAAGGAACUUUGCAUAGCGACAUGUUCAUAUUUUAUCAUCUGAAUCCUUCCAAAGACUUUUGUUAGAGUGGCUACUUUCAUUUCUCCAGGGAUGUAAUCCAGGCUCCGAGAGGUAAACUGACACUUGGGCGCUGUGUGUGGUAUGUUGGCACGCUCUGAUGGAAAAAACAUGCUCUGGCCUCUCAUGUCAGAGCCCUUAACCCUGAACAGAUCCCAACCAAAUCAGGAGUCGGUGCUUCUCCCGCACAACUUUACAGUCUAAAGCUGCAAUUGGGCACCUUCAGUGUUUGCUGUAAAGGGAGGUAAAAGGAAAUAAUUAGAUCUUAAUCGAACUCUGAGACUUCAUUCAUCAUGAUGUCGUGACAAAUACCGGUUUGUCAAAUGUGGACAGAAGUGUUUUGGAAAGUGAGUCGUGGGAGGAGAUUUGUCUUACUCCAAUGUGCAGUGUCCGGCUUCUAGGCUGGAUACUUGCCAGAUGGGGAGGGAGUAGUUCCUGGCGAUUUCUUGGAGGGAUUUGGGGGAAUAGAGGGGCAGAGAGAGAUUUAAGUACUGAUAGGUGGUCGAGUUGUGUUUGGCCGGGUGGAUAUGCGCAAGCAAAGUCUAGGAGCUUUAUUUCCCCUCUCUGAUGGGAUUAUUGCCAGCGAUGGGCAGAGAGAGGAAGGAGGCUCAGCGCCUGCGUUUCUUGAUUUUCACGGUUAUAAUCUUACCGAGCAUCGCAACGGGACACUGACCUCCGUGAAUUCUGCGUUAGGAAGCCUUUAACGGUGCUUAAAAUACAGGAAAAGAGAGUUGCAUGUUGUAUGAAACCAGAAAGAGGCACGGCUAUGACGACUGAGAAUUCCCAGCAACAUCUGGAUCUACCCAGUCCUCUGCGCGCAAGUCCAGCGGCCGGUGCUCUAAGGGCAUCUGUGCUGAGCCCACAGCCAGUGAUGGAGAGCGCGCAUAAUGAAUCAGCUAAAGGGAAAAAGGGAAACUCCGGCUUGAGGCGCCCCGAAAAGCCUCCCUACUCAUACAUUGCCUUAAUUGUGAUGGCUAUUCAAAGCUCGCCAACUAAAAGGCUUACUUUAAGCGAAAUAUAUCAGUUUCUCCAGGCCAGAUUCCCUUUCUUCAGGGGAUCAUACCAGGGAUGGAAAAAUUCUGUCAGACAUAACCUGUCUCUGAACGAGUGCUUUAUAAAACUACCCAAGGGUCUAGGCAGACCUGGCAAAGGGCACUACUGGACCAUCGACCCUGGCAGUGAGUUUAUGUUUGAGGAGGGCUCGUUUCGUCGCAGACCCCGGGGGUUCCGGAGGAAAUGCCAAGCUUUAAAACCAAUGUACAGGAUGAUGAAUGGGAUCGGGUUUGGUGCAUCCAUGCUGUCCCAGAACUUUGAUUUCCAAUCACCCGCAGGCUCAUUAGCAUGUCAUAACAGCUACAACUUAGAUUUAAUGGGUAAUACAGUUCCAGGUGGCUUCGAUGGACUCGGAGGAGGACAUCACCUCCCGCACAUGUCAUCAAGCUCCGGGUCGUCAUAUAUGGCCGCAUGUCAGGUGGCCUCUAACUCAGACUAUUGCCCCGACAGCAGCAGCAGCCCCCUGCAGUCCUCCCCAGCGAUGAUAGGCACUUUGGACUGUCAGUCUCCAUAUGCAAAUGCAGCUUCACAUUGGAGUACACCUGGUGUGUCAUCGUACAUCAAACAGCAGUCGGUGAGAUCAAGCAGUCCAAACUCCUCAGCCGUACAUGCGGGAAUGACGUCUUACGCGCUGGACCAGGGCUAUUUGCACCAUAAUGCACGAGAUUCUGACAUUUCAGUGGGAUUGUCUCGAUAUUCCAGCCACUCAGCUCCCGUGUGUGACAGGAAGGAAUUCGUUUUAAACCUUCAUCCCAACACCAGUGGAUCUUAUUAUCAUCAGCUCCAUCAUCAUCAUCAUCAUCAUCAUCAAAGCGUCUAUCAGGACGUAAAGCCAUGUGUAAUGUGACAAGAAGAGGCAAAGUGGUUCCUAAAAUAAAACUCCCAAAUCCACUUCAUUUAAGUUAAGCCCUUGGCGGAGUGAUUCUAACAUAACAUUUCCUUAUACGGCAGCUUAUGAAGCACAUCUUUCUUUCCAAUGAACUUUGACCUUUCAAUUUCUUUAGUAAUCAUUUUGUUGUGGGGACUUGUUUUAGCACUUCACGUUUUCCUUAUGCGACUGACGUCACACACAUGGAUAAGCAAUAUCUAUAUUGUACCAAAAACGUCAAUAUAUCUGAACCUUUCACUUAAUUUUGUUUUGUGUUUUUUCUGAUGGUUAAACUGUUGCUUCCCGCCUGUAAUAAUCCCUAAUCAUUAAAGAGAUUUAUUUUUGAAAGGACCAUUUCGAAGUGAUGUCUUAAAUACUAAAUGACUAUAAGAAAGGGUAGACAACGUAUUUUCUAGAAACAGUAUAGAUCUUUUUUAAAUGUUGGAUUUAAAAAGUAAGUUUUGUUUCUCAGGAGCUCAGCAGAACAGUAGUCUUUAAAGUUUUGCAGAGGCACAAAUUUGAAACCACGAGAAAGCAAAAGUAAAAGACACACUCAGGGAACACCAGCUGUGUUAUGGGUGCUUUCUUCUCAGUUUCAUAAAUAUGAACGAAGUAUAGAUUAUUUUAUUUAAUGUUAUAUCGACUUUUGCACAUUUUAUUUAUUGUGAAAAGUUGGGCUUAAUAAAAAGUAGUUCAUCUUCAAGGUUGUUCAUAUUUUGAGGAUAAUUUAUGUAUACGUUGUGACUUCUUUGCAUUAAACUGCUGCCACAACAGCAUCACUGAUGUAAAAUAUAAUACUGACAUAAUUAGUAGCCAGAAAGAAGAGGGAGAGGAGGCCACGUACAGUGAGCAACAGUGAAGUGACAAAAUGUUACAUUUUUCUUCAGUGCUUUUUGGUUUGACUUGCACUGCCAUCUCGUGGUAAGUGAAAGUUUUUGGAAUUCUAAAAUAAAAUUUCUGCGUUUGGUAUUUGCAGAGGAUUCAAAAGGUCCCACAGAACAGCCAGAUGGACAUUCAGUCACUUUAGCAGACGGUAUAUGAAACGGUAUUUAUCGAUCAAAAACAUAAACAUGAAAACAUGAAAAGAAAUCCAACAAUUCUUCUGGUAUAAACUGAACCUUCAGACCAAAAGAACCUCCAGACAUAAAAACGUGACAAGGUGAAUAAACUAUAUUUCACGUAGACUAAUGACAGUGUACGCACCCUGAUUUUUUUUAGACAGCCAUACUCUCGCUUAAUUACCCACACGUGGGUCUCGUUCUGUCAUUAUUAUCGAUUUAUAUCACAUUAUUGCGAACAUAAUCCACAUUGUUAGUAUGAAAGUACAUGUUCAUAUGUAUAUAUAUUUGGAAAGUUUCUACAUAAUUUUAAAUUUCCUGAAAGCAAAGGCUUCUUCUUACUUAUACCUUAUUAACGGCUCUGCUGUCCAUGGUGCUGAAUAUGUGUUUUUUAUUUUGAUACGUUUUUUAUUAUAAACGCAAAACUAAUGGGGCACUUUCUGUAUUUUUAAGAUUGUAGUACUCACUCGGUAUAUAAGAAUACACACACUGUGUUGUAUGUGAUAUAGAGAUCGGUAAUUCAAAGUUGGUGGGUUUACAAGUCCAGCCCCGAUAAAGGCAAAGGUUAACUGUAUUAAAUUGCAUCUCAAAUAUUGAGGUGUUGGUAGGUGUGAUUUUAUGUGAUACUGCUGACAGCAUAAGAGUCAUCAAGCGUAUUCCUUUAUCCA